AUGGACUCUCGACGCUUUUCAAACAGUCAAAAGUGUUAUCCGUCUCUCAGUAUUGUUGCUGCCAUCUUAAAAUAUACCUCUUCCCAGAUAAUGGGAAAUUUCAAGGCUGCUUUCGCAUCGGUGGUAGUGGUAGUGAUUUGUAGCGCUCUCGUCCAAGCUACUGAUCAACAUUCAAGUCACGAUUUCCAGCAAGACAAUAAUACAUUUUUUCGUCGUGACAAUGUCGUUGCAGGCUCUUCCAGUUGUGUGAUGGAAACUACGACAAUCACAUGGACGAAAACAGUUACCCAUUACGUGACCAAGCCGGCUCUACCACUCAAUCCUGCAUAUUCAAUCUCUGAGAGUCCUAUAUUAAAACCUUUAAUUGAAUUUGAUGCCGAAACUGUUACUCCAUCAUGGACUACUUCAGUCCAUCCUCCCAAGCUGAAAUAUACCACAACAACGACCAAGUCUGGUAUUACUACUGUGCUUCCUGCUCCUACCAUUGGCCCGGACGGAUUUCUCACCCACCACUCAAACCUAGCUAAAAGUCUCCCAAAUGUGUACGCCACUUAUUAUGUCAAAGAUGGUCUUAAUAAUGGUCACUGCUCAUUCAUAGGUUAUACCUUGCCGGCGGGUAUUUUUGGAUCUGCACUUUCGACUCAGAGUUGGGCUAAUGCCUCUCAUUGCGGCUCAUGCCUCGAGGUUACUGAGAAAAACAGUGGAUCCAAGGUUAAGGCUAUGAUUGUUGACUCGUGCUCCACUUGCCCGGUAGACAAUCUGGACUUGUUCGAGAAUGGAUUUGGCCAAAUUUCUCCGACGAGCGCUGGGAAUAUAACGGUACAAUGGCAGGUAGUGCCCUGCGAUCUUAGCAUACCAUUGGAAGUGGUGAUCGACAACGGAUCAAAUAUAAGCUGGUUCGCGAUCCAAUUCCGUAACCAUAAUAUACCGCUUAGCAAGGUAGAAGUCACUGCUGCCGGGGCUUCGGCAUGGCAAGUUCUCACUCGGACGGAAGAUAAUUAUUUCCCCAAGCCAGGCGGUGUUGGUAGUGUUAUUAUCGAUGUCCGUAUCACAGACGUGGAUGGAAAGUCGAUUACGGUGUCCAGCGUGGAUUUGAUCUCCAAAUCAGUUAAUGCAACUUCUAACUUUUAA